AAUGGCUGCGGGCUUGGGCCGGGGGCCCGGGGGCCCAGGGGGGCCCAGCUGGACCCGAGGGCAGCGGCACGGGGGAGCACCGCCCCGGCGACAGCUCCCCGGUCGCUUUGCCCUCUGCUGCGGCAGCCCUGACGGGCUGUCCCUCCCCCAGGAACAAAGUCUUGCGGCUCUCGGGGGUGGGGGGCUGGACGUGCCAGGGGCCCUCAACUGGGAGGUGACCCUGUGUCUGCCGGCCUGCUGGGUGCUGGCCUACUUCUGUGUCUGCAAGGGGGUCAAGUCAACAGGAAAGAUCGUGUACUUUACGGCUACCUUCCCCUGCGUGGUCCUCGUCGUGCUGUUGGUGCGGGGAGUGCUGCUGCCCGGCGCCCUGGAUGGCAUCAUCUACUAUCUCAAGCCUGACUGGUCGAAGCUGGGGUCCCCUCAGGUGUGGAUAGAUGCCGGGACCCAGAUUUUCUUUUCUUACGCCAUCGGCCUGGGCGCCCUCACGGCGCUGGGCAGCUACAACCGCUUCAACAACAACUGCUACAAGGACGCCAUCAUCCUGGCCCUCAUCAACAGCGGGACCAGCAUUUUCGCUGGCUUCGUGGUCUUCUCCAUCCUGGGCUUCAUGGCCACAGAGCAGGGCGUGCACAUCUCCAAGGUGGCGGAAUCAGGGCCCGGCCUGGCCUUCAUCGCCUACCCCCGGGCCGUCACGCUGAUGCCUGUGGCCCCCCUCUGGGCUGCCGUGUUUUUCUUCAUGCUGGUGCUGCUCGGCCUGGACAGCCAGGGGCGUGGCCUGAGUGCCCGGCCACGGUUUGUAGGUGUGGAAGGCUUCAUCACCGGCCUGCUCGACCUCCUCCCGGCCUCCUACUACUUCCGUUUCCAAAGGGAGAUCUCCGUGGCCCUCUGCUGCGCCCUCUGCUUUGUCAUCGACCUCUCCAUGGUGACUGAUGGCGGGAUGUACGUCUUCCAGCUGUUUGACUACUACUCGGCCAGCGGCACGACCCUGCUGUGGCAGGCCUUCUGGGAGUGCGUGGUGGUCGCCUGGGUGUACGGAGCCGACCGCUUCAUGGACAACGUCGCCUGCAUGAUCGGGUACCGCCCCUGCCCCUGGAUGAAAUGGUGCUGGUCCUUCUUCACCCCGCUGGUCUGCAUGGGCAUCUUUAUCUUCAACGUGGUGUACUACAAGCCGCUCGUCUACAACAACACCUACGUGUACCCGUGGUGGGGCGAGGUCAUGGGCUGGGGCUUCGCGCUCUCCUCCAUGCUGUGUGUGCCCCUCCACCUCCUGGGCUGCCUCCUCAGGGCCAAGGGGACCGUGGCUGAGGUCGGUCCCCUGCACCCCCUCUUCCCUGCACGACUCCCUCCUUCCCUCCCUCCCUCCCUCCCUCUCACCCACCGGAUCAAGGCGUUUCCUCCCAAGUGCCCCUUCUCCCACCCACUACUAGGAUGUAGCAUCACGCUAGGAGUCUCUGGGCCAGAAGUCUCUGGGCCGGCCCACAGGGGGGUGGAUGGAAGGAACGCUGAGCCUCCAGGUCCCGAGGUCAUGGCAGGGGGAGGAGAGAGAGGUCUGUCCCUAGCCCCUGCCCCGUUUCCCUAGGACAGAGUGUGGGGUGUGGUCAGUGCCUGUGGGAGGGGCCCCGGACCCCCACCCGCGGCAGGUGGUGGGAAAACUCCAAACUCCUGCGCAGCCGACUUCAGUCCUGAGGGGACACGCCCA